UCACCCUCUCAGCGGACAAGAGGAGGGAUAGAAUAAGAGUGCCACUGUCUCAGAGAGAGAGAGAGAGAGAGAGAGAGCUCAGAACAAAGAGAGCAGCCAUCCCAUUCACAGAGCCCAGUGUUAGACAAUACAGGACUCUCCAUCUUCUAGGGACCAGCCACUAACAAUGAACUGUUCUAGUGUGUGUGUGUGUGUGAGUGUGAUAUUAACUCUGCUCUCCGCGUUUCAGGCUUUUAAAGAGAUGCUGUACGCUGCCCAGGACCAGGCGCCAUCUAUCGAAGUUACUGAUGAAGAUACGGUGAAGCGGUAUUACGCCAAGUUUGAGGAGAAGUUCUUCCAGACCUGCGAGAAGGAGCUGGCCAAGAUAAACACCUUCUACUCUGAGAAGCUGGCUGAGGCCCAGCGCCGCUUCGCCACGCUGCAGAAUGAGCUGCAGUCCUCAUUGGACGCCCUGCGGGAGAGCUCCGCCCAGGGGCGUGGCCUUAGGCAGAGGAAGACAGUGUUCGCCCUGUCGCAGCAGGAGAGGUGUAAGCACCGCAACAUCAAGGACCUGCAGCUGGCCUUCAGCGAGUUCUACCUCAGCCUCAUACUGCUGCAGAACUACCAGAACCUGAACUUCACAGGCUUCCGGAAGAUCCUGAAGAAGCAUGACAAGAUCCUGGACACGUCGCGGGGGGCCGACUGGAGGGUCACGCACGUGGAGGUGGCCCCCUUCUACACCUGCAAGAAGAUCACCCAGCUCAUCUCUGAGACCGAGGCGCUGGUAACCACGGAGCUGGAAGGGGGGGACAGACAGAAGGCCAUGAAGAGGCUGAGGGUCCCACCUCUUGGUGCUGCCCAGCCCGCCCCUGCCUGGACCACCUUCAGAGUGGGCCUCUACUGCGGAGUCUUCCUGGUCCUCAUGGUUACCGUGGUGAUCACAGGCGCGGUGGUGAUGCGUGACGCUAACGUCUGGCCGCUGGUCAGGAUCUACAGAGGAGGCUUCCUGUUAAUAGAGUUCCUCUUCCUGUUAGGUAUCAACACCUACGGCUGGCGACAGGCUGGGGUCAAUCACGUCCUCAUCUUUGAGCUGAACCCCAGGAACAACCUGUCUCACCAGCACCUGUUUGAGAUCGCGGGCCUGCUGGGGGUUCUGUGGUGCGUCAGCCUGCUGUGCUGCCUGUUCAGCAGCAGCAUCCUGGUGCCCAUGCAGCUCAACCCCCUGGCGCUCUACGGCUUCUUCCUCCUCUUCCUCAUCAACCCCUUCAAGACCUGCUACUACAAGUCCCGCUUCUGGCUGCUCAAACUACUGUUCCGGGUGGUGACGGCUCCGUUCCACCGGGUGGAGUUCGCAGACUUCUGGCUGGCUGACCAGCUCAACUCCCUGGUGGUGGUGCUGAUGGACCUGGAGUACAUGGUCUGCUUCUACAGCUUCGAGCUCAACUGGCACCUCCCCGACGGCCUGGUCCGCCCCGGGGAGCCGGACCGCAUGCCUUGCCACUCGUACUCGUACGGGGUGCGGGCGGUCAUCCAGUGCCUGCCCGCCUGGUUCCGCUUCAUCCAGUGUCUGCGGCGCUACAGAGACACCAAGCGGGCCUUCCCCCACCUGGCCAACGCAGGGAAGUACUCCACCACCUUCUUCGUGGUCAUCUUCUCCGCCCUGUACAGCACUCACAAAGACGAGCAGCCGGCCGAGGCCCAGGUGUUCCUCUACCUGCUGAUUGGCUGCUCGGUGGUCAGCUCUUGCUACACGCUGAUCUGGGACCUGAAGAUGGACUGGGGCCUCCUGGAGCGCAGCGCAGGGGAGAACCCCCUCCUACGCGAGGAGAUCGUUUACCCCCAGAAGGCCUACUACUACAGUGCUAUAGUAGAGGAUGUGCUGUUGAGGUUUUCCUGGACGCUCACCCUCUCCUUGACGACCUUCUGUGACUUCCCAGGUCUCUCUGACAUCCUAGCAACAGUCCUGGCGCCGCUGGAGGUGUUCCGGCGGUUCGUAUGGAACUUCUUCCGGCUGGAGAACGAGCACCUGAACAACUGCGGUGAGUUCCGCGCGGUGCGUGACAUCAGCGUGGCCCCGCUCAACGCCGACGACCAGACGCUGCUGGAGCAGAUGAUGGACCAGGAGGACGGCGUCCGCAACCGGCAGGGCAAGAGGAACUGGAAGAGGAGCUACAGCGUCAGCCUGCGCCGGCCCCGCCUCGCCUCCCAGUCCAAGACCCGGGACACCAAGGUCCUCAUCGAGGACACAGACGAGGACUCCUGACAUCAGGCCACGCCCCUCGUCUGGGUCCACAACCUCUUCAAGAGCUCCACCUCCUGAAGAGCAGACGAGCGGCGUGUUGGAGCGGCUCCAACAGACUCUAGCGGGGGCUCUAUCCCCCCCUACCCUCUAGAGAACGAGACCACAACCCCCUGGGGGUGGGCCAAGCUGAGAACACACCCCCUGAGACCACACACCCCUUUGGGGGCAAACUGAGACCACACACCCCUGAGACCACACCCCCCUGAGAAAACACACCCUUGUAGGGGGGGCAAACUGAGACCACACACCCCUUUGGGGGGGAAAACUGAGACCACACCCCUUUUGGGGGGCAAACUGAGACCACACCCCCUGAGACCACACACCCCUUUUGGGGGGCAACCUGAGACCACACACCCCUUGGUGGGGCGUCAAACUGAGACCACACCCCCCUGGAGGGGGGACUGAGACCACAGCCCCUUGGUGGGGGGACUGAGACCACAGCCCCUUGGUGGGGCCAAACCGAGACCACACCCCCUGCAUGGGCAGUUGACCCCGUCAUGUCCUUCCUCCUCCUCCUCCUCCUCUUCCUGUUCCCUUCAGACCAGGAGGUCCCGAACCGCCAAGCUGAUGACCUCCCCUCGCCAACCAUCAACAGGGGACCCCCCACCCCCGUUCCAAUCCCCUCCCCUGGGGUCUGGCUCUUCUCCAGGCUUCACGUUCAAACGGGCUCCUCCCAUUGGUGGGCCAGGACCCUGAAAGACACGCCCCCUCUUUCCACCCUAACUAACAUGAUUGGCCGGUCCACGGGUGUCACUUAGCUGCCUACCUGCACAGCACACGCUAUAGACACACACACACGCACGCACACACACACACACA